AUGACUGAAGCACUCUCUUUGAUGUACGGAAUCGAUUUGCCAGCACGAAGUAUUGUUGGUCUUCCAGCAGAGCAAGAAAGGACAUUAUUUCUUGUUGGUACCUUAUCGUUAAAGCAGGAUAAUCAGGUUUGUUUGUUGGAAGUCGAUGAUGACUGGCUUCAAAUCACCAAACGGUCAUUUAAUCAUCCUGCCGGUGAAAUUUGGUGUUUGUCAAGUUCACCCAUUGAUUCGAACAUUAUUGCUACAUGUUAUGUUGCUCAGCAUAUUGUGAUGGUGCACAUCGAAACAGCCUUGUAUAGAGCUGAAUUUCAUCCGAGUGGCAACAGAGUGGUCAUUGCCGUUAGUAAUUCUGCGUUAAUAGCUGAUGUAACCAACUCAUUAAAGAUAGAAAGUUCCACAUCGGUGGACAGUAAAGCACCAAUAAGCGCAUCAAUAUGGAAUCCUCAUUCAGACGGAAGUACUUUAGCAUUAGCUUAUGAUACAUUGGUGAAAGGCGUUGAUGUUCGUAGUCUUCAGGAAGCAUUCUGUAUUAAACAUGUAAAUUCACCUCGUGUCAGAAAUUUGGAUUUCAAUCCCAAUGUGCAGCACAUUGUAGCAACUUGCGGUGACGAUUUCAGAGUGGUGUUAUGGGAUAUGCGGAAAGUGGAUAUACCUUUGAAAGUUUUGCAAGAUCAUUCGCAUUGGGUAUGGUGUGUCAAAUUCAACCCCAUUCAUGAUCAGUUGUUGUUAUCAGCAGGUAGUGAUGCUAGAUUGUUUUUGAAUAGCUUGGAAUCUCUCAGUUCUGAAUCUAUCCAUUCUCUGGCAUUGGUACCGGAUGACAGCUAUUCUUUACCCGAAAAUGUUUUGGGUGAUGAACGUUUGGAAAAGAUGGAAGAACAUGAGGAGUCGGUAUACAGUUGUGCAUGGGCUAAUAAUGAUCCGUGGAUUUUCGCUUCAGUUUCUUUCGAUGGUAGAGUAAUCGUUUCAAAAGUAAAACGACAUCAUAAAUAUGCUAUAUUGCGAUUAUAG